AGGGGGUUGAAACGGCGCCUUUUUUCUUUAGAAUUGGCUUUUUUAUAUAUUUUUUCUUUUACAAUAAAGCAUUCAUGAAUGAAAUACCAUUGACACAAGGCUUUAACUCGAUAUUGGGACCUGCUGUCCUGGAAAUAGACCAAGCCAUAGUAACCGUUCAAAAAAGCCAAGAUGAUCUUGGAAAAGAGAUUGAACGUUUAGUUGCAGAGCUUGAGUUAUUCACGGAUAUCGCAGAGCCCCCCACACUCGUGCCAUGUCUCGAAAAACUCUUGGACGCCAAAAAACGUCUAUCAUCAGCAAAUAAACUGAUGGCACAAACAAAUGAUCGUGUCGAACGGAUUCAAAAAGAAAUUAUUGACACUAAUAAAGAGUAAAAACAUGAUAUAUCACA